GCAAGUGUGACAUAUUCAAAAUCUUAUUCGCACGUUUUGGAUUUCUAGAGUGCCUCAGCUCUUUUUUGUCACGCUCUACGAUUCUGGUGGUCACCAAACACUGCUGUACGCGCCCCUUACAACAAAGUGCCUACCUACAGGCUAGACGAGAACGUAUCAACAGCUGGUGGUUACACAAGUUAGCAGCUUUGAUGACUAGAGGCGAAAACUACUGCUCUGCAGCAAGAUAUGUUUGUGGUGUUUUGAGAGGCAUGGUAAAUAAAUGGUUUGUUAUUCUGUACACAGUCUGCGGAUAAUCGUUCAGUAUAUAUUAAUGUUGAAUUUGUGGAUAAACUCUCCGAAAUGAUGUACUAUGGAGCUGAGUAUAUUCAAGUAAGAUAUUUAAUGAAGGCUAGUGUAAGGUUGUUUGUGAUUUUGAUCACACGUUGUCUAAGUAUACUCACAAUGCUGCAAAGGUUCCUGUUUGUCAUGGUUUGUUUAUGAAUCACCACAGAAUACCUGAAAUGUCGAGAAUGCGAGUGGGUUCGUAUUUCAUUUCUAACUUUUGGUCAGCUCAUGGAACUGUAUGAAUCGUAUAUGUCAAUCAGGAAUUAUGGUAACGCAAAUGAAUCCGAAAAUAUUUCACUUACGAUGGAGUUUUGGAAGUUAGCUCACAAGGCAUUAGUUGAUGGUAAUAUAACCCGAAAUGAUGUUGAAUGCUGUGCUCUAGAAGGCGGGAUUGUUAUAAGAGAUAAUGCAACUAUUUUUUUGAACAAAUUGGCUCAAAACAAUAUACCAAUGAUUAUAUUUUCUGGUGGUAUAGGCAAUGUGAUUGAAACACUUUUAACGGCGCUGAAUAUACCUUUAGAUAAUAUUCGUAUAGUAUCAAAUUUUAUGGAUUUCAAUUCUGAGGGGCGUUUGGUUGGAUUUCAAGAUCCUGUCAUUCAUUCACUUAAUAAAACAUACAAAAUAAUACAAAAUUCUGAGUAUUAUGAGACAGUUUUGUCAAAAAGGACUUGUAUUUUGCUGAUUGGUGACUCAGAUAAUGAUGCAGCUAUGAUUGACAACAGACAGAAAUUUUCCAGUGGACAGAUAAUUGUUAUUCGUAUAGGAUUUUUAAAUGAAAAGAUCGAUGAAAGAAUGGAACUAUUCACUUCACUGUACGAUAUUGUUCUUGUCAACGAUGAAACUUUUGAUAUUCCAUUGGUCAUUUUAUCAUCUAUUUUCAAUAGUGAUGAAUUUCUUAAACGUGAUGAUAAUACCAUCGCCACUGCCAACAACAACAACAACAACAACAACAACACCUAAUAACUAUUUAAUAGCAUUUCACUGACUUUGUGAUUUAUUUUUACAAGAAUUAUUGAACCUAAUGAAAAUCAUUUCUCUUAAACAAGGGAAUACUUGUUCUAAUACUUACUUGGAAUAACGAAUCACAAAGCGAUAAUUUCAAUGCAUUGACUUGUAGAAACAUUUCCUGAUAAUUGGUACGCAAGAGUUAUAGAUUAG